CGCGCAUACGCGUCAAUACACUCGGUGCGCAUAGUAUCUCGCGGACGCGCCGGACGUGGAUUUAUGCCGACGAGCGGUCGAAGACGAUAAUUUUUUCGACAGUUUACUUACCUUUACACAUGUACAUUGACUACCGAACGCCGCCUCCGUCGAGUUCAUAUAAGUUUUUGGCAUUUUUAAUUUCCGUUUUCGGUGCGAUUGCAAUAACCGUCGAAGUCGAUCUUGUUUCGCGAUAAUAUUUCAUAUUUGUUUACCAUUCGUUAUAAUAUCAUUCAAGUGCGGUGGUGAAGUGCGACAUAUACAUAGGUACGAGUGUGUCUUAACCCAGCAGUGCGACCGUCUUCGGCAGACUUGUAUACUUGGCGAAUAUAUUAUAAAUACCUACCGCGAUUGUUUACGAAAAGCCUGUGCGAUUACUUUUGAUUGCUGUAACAUUCUCUUUUUAUAUCCUUAUUUUAUGGUCAAUACUCACACGUAGGUUCCACAAAAAAUCCGAGGCCGAAUUUUUCUGUCUUUACAGGUGAACAAAUUCGAACAUUUUUUUUUAAAAUUAUAAUCUGUAAACAAAUAUGACCUUGUGAAAAAUAGCUAUUGUUUUUAUAAUUUUUCUCGGGGUGAAUGACCGUCGACGAGGACUCGCCCUUUAAUGAUCAACAGGGCAAAAAUCAACUUCCGUCAUUAUUUCUGUCGAUCCGCCGCAUCAGUGGACCAACAGCAUCAGCGCCAAGUACGGUGCAAUAUUAGAGACAACUACACAUUACGUCGCCGACGAUUAAAACUGCCAUAGCCGAUACCCAACAGCCGUGGUAUUAUGCGAUUUUCGUGCGUAUCGGUGUUUCAUCGGUCGAGAUGAAAUCGUCCGACGACGACAAGUACUGCGUCGGUCCUCGAAAACCACAAAUUCCGACUGAUUCUUGGAAGAGUGCUGGAUGAUAGUACCUACCGGGGCGGCGAAUCAAUAGAACCACCCCAACUGGAUCCCGAGUGGCUGAGGGCGGAGACCAGCGGCGACCCCGUUAUGCGGCUAUCCAACGGCAACGAAGCGGCUACCGACUCCAUGGUUGAAAUGUUGCAGUUCAACGAGCACUUCCUCGACGAGGACGGCACGAAAUUUAUGUUGAAUCCCGCCGAGCUAGAAGACCUGCUGGGACGCGAUCAGUACGCCGCCGACGGUUCACCGAUCGCCGUGUCAGUGCAACAACAACAGCAGCAGCAACAACACCUCCACGGUGGUCAUCACCACCACGGCCAUCACCAUCAACAGCCGAACGGCGUCGAUCAGCCCAACACCAAGCCGACCGCGAAUUUCGCCGACCUCAAGCCUUUGAUGCCGUUCCACACGAUCACGGAGCGCGUUAACAUCAACGGCAUACCCGGUCACCACUACCAGUCGAUCGCGUCCAACAACCGGGUAGCCGAGAACAACAACAACACGGCCACGACCAACAACAACAUGUACUACCAAAACGAAUACCUGGUAACGUCGUCCACCAAUGCGGGAUUGACCAAGUUUAAGGAGGAGGACACGUUCGUCGACAAUCAGUUCGACGAGUUCGAAAUGCUGAUGGGCAGCCCGUCGUUCGGGCCAGAUACGACGGUGACGGCCAGCGGCGACCACUCAGCCGUUGACGGUCCGGACGAGUGGCUGAGCGUAGGCGACGAUUGGACGUCGUACGAACAUCCGAACGGUUCACCGCAAGACAACAAGUCCAGCAUACUUUCCGACGUCACCAUACACGACCUGGUGGCCAGUUCCCAGUUUCCGGGCAUGACGAACGGUAGUGGCGGCGGAGGCGGCGGGAAUUAUCACCAGCAGCCGCCGUCCUCCAUGCAGAAACCGUUGUAUCAGCAGCAGCAGCAGCAGCAGCCGCAGCAGCAGCAGCAGCAACAGCAGCAGUCUCGCGAGCUGGUAACGUCCAAUGUACCGCCGCCAGCACCCCGCCCGGCUGCUGCGGCGUUCAUGCCUCUGCUCCAGAGUCGGCUGCAGAACGGACCCGCCAAUAAGGCGCCGCUCCAAGACGCUGGCAGCUAUCACAUGGACUGCGCGUCGUCGCCGUCGUCGUCCACCCCGUCGUACCUGGCGCACAGCCCGACCAGUCACGUGGUCAGCACCACAGACCUGGGCGGUUACAUGCCGUCCGCCGCGGCCGCUGCCGCCGCUGCUGCUGCUGCCGCCGCGGCUGCGUCCGUCCACAGUUCGCGACCGUCGCCCGAAUUCGCGCACACCACCACGCCCGGCCAAGGACCGCACAUGACCGCGAAAAAGUCGCGAAACAGGAGCGGCAAGGCGAAAGGCAGCGGCGGCGGCGGUGGAGGCGGCGGCAGUGGAGGGGUCACCGCCCGGAACACCGUGGUCUACUGUUCGGACGGCAACGUGGCCAGGGAACGGACCGUGCACAACUGUCACAUAUGCAACCGCGGGUUCCUGAACAAGAGCAACAUCAAGGUUCACCUGCGCACGCAUACGGGCGAAAAACCGUUCCGGUGCGAGGUGUGCCAGAAAGCGUUCCGGCAGAAGGCCCAUCUCAUCAAGCACGCGCAGAUUCACAAACGCAGCGGCCGGGAUUGAGCCGGGCCGUCGCACGUCCACCGCAACCACCCCGGGACGUCGGGCCGCAGCAGGUACCGGCAUUAACUAUAGUACGUUACGGUGACGCGAUUACUGUUAUACAAAUACGAUAAUAAUAUUAAUAAUAAUAACGUAUUCACAUUAUAACUGUAUUUACCCGAAUGUCGCUUACGAUUAUUUUUCACGCGUUUGGCACCCGCGCGCGAUCGUCCCACACCACGAAACGUAGUCGUGUUUAAUAAAUGCAUUUUGACCAAAGACUCUAAACGAUUCGAUUACUAUUGUUUUAUUUCGGAUUUUUUUGUUUUGUUAUUAUUAUUAUCAUUAUUAUGAUUUUAAUCGCGUCGUCGGCUGAGUACGUUCAUCCGUUGGCUUUUCGACAACAGCGUACGCAAGCCGUUUUAUUUAUUGUACCAAUAUAUAUUUAUAUAUAUUACUAAAUGUGUACGUUUAGGUUUGAGUCUCGACAAUCAUGUUGAGACGGGUGAAAACCUUCUUAGACCUGAUAAUAUUAUGAUUGUGUACGACGAAGAACGUGGGCAACGAUUUAGUUUUAAAAAAAAGUACAAAAUGUAAUUUGUUUGCGAAUUAUUGUAUUAAUUCGUCUUGAUCAUUAUUAUUA